AUGAACAAGUAUGAAAAGAUAAGAGACAUAGGGAAGGGAAACUACGGAAAUACAAUACUUGUCCGUGAUAAAAAGAAUGACCAUUACGUGAUGAAAAUAAUAAACAUAUCCCAGAUGUCCCCAAAGGAAAAAAGACAGUGCUUGAAGGAAGUUGAACUUCUCUCGAAGUUAAACCAUCCAUUCAUAGUAAAAUACAUCGAAAGCUACAUAGAAGGUGACACACUGCGAAUUGUUAUGAAGCACUGUAAAGGUGGAGAUCUUUACCACUAUAUACAGAAUAAGAAAAAACAGAACACCCCCAUAAAGGAAAAGCGAAUAUUAAUAUGGCUCACUCAAAUUUUGACAGCCCUUAAAUUCCUGCAUUCUAACCACAUUUUGCAUAGAGAUAUGAAGUCUCUAAACAUCCUGAUCGACAAUGACAAGAGAGUCCGACUGUGUGACUUUGGAAUUUCGAAGGUCCUGGAAAAUACACUAGACUAUGCUAAUACAUUGAUUGGAACUCCUUAUUACUUAAGCCCUGAAUUAUGCAAAGACAAAAAGUAUAGUUGGCCCUCAGAUGUAUGGGCUACUGGUUGUCUCAUAUACGAACUAGCAACAUUCAGAACUCCUUUUCACUCCACCAAAGGGAUUCAACAGCUGUGUUACAACAUCAGAUAUGCACCAAUUCCUGAUCUGCCAAAUAUAUAUUCGAAAGAGUUGAAUAAUAUUUACAAGAGUAUGUUGAUACGGGAGCCAAACUUUAGGGCCACAGUGCAGCAGCUGCUCGUGUCUGACAUUGUGCAGAGACAACUGAAAUUACUAAUUGAAGAAAAAAUACGAGAAAAGCAAAGUAUGAAAAAACCGGUGAAAGAAAAACCGACGGUUGAAAAUGAAAACUCAGGUGCAAACGAGCAAGAAGUUAAAACAUUACUUCUAGACAUUGUGGAUAUUUGA